AUGAAUCACGAUCCAUUUAGCUGGGGGAGACCUUCAGACGAGCACUACGGUGCCUACAACAGGGCCAUUGCCGAUGCUCCAGCCUAUCCCAAAAUGAACACUCAGCAGCCGAUAGUGACUGGUACUUCUGUCAUAUCUAUGAAAUACAACAAUGGAGUAGUCAUUGCUGCUGAUAAUAUGGGAUCCUACGGGUCAUUGCUGCGCUUUAGUGACGUCGAAAGGCUGAUUCCGGUCGGUAAGAAUACAGUGGUGGGUAUAUCCGGAGACAUAUCAGAUAUGCAACACAUCGAGCAUCUUCUAGAGGAGCUGCAGACAGAAAACAACUACGACAACUCGUAUGCGGAUGACGAAGAAGCGUUGAGGCCUAGCAAUGUCUUCGAGUACUUGGCAGCUGUGAUGUACCAGCGCAGGUCUAAAAUGAAUCCUCUUUGGAACGCACUGAUUGUCGCCGGUGUCGAGGACAGCAAACCGUUCCUGAGGUACGUAAAUUUACUAGGGGUCACCUACGGGUCUCCCACCUUGGCAACCGGUUUUGGUGCCCAUCUAGCGAUUCCGCUGUUAAGACGGAAGAUAGACCAUGAGUCCGACAUCGAAAAGACCAGCCAGAAAGAAGCUGAGGAGACAAUCGUCGAGUGUAUGAAGGUUUUAUAUUACAGGGAUGCACGCUCCUCGAGGAAAUACACCUUAGCCAUUAUCGACAAUGAUCAGGGCGUCAUCAUCAAGAGAGACCAGCACGUCGAAAACAUGAGCUGGGGAUUCGCCAAGGAUAUACGUGGGUAUGGUACCCAGACUGUAUAG